GACAUGUACCACAAGUUGGGGAAGAAGAGAGAAAAAAUGUGGGAAUACUUGUUCCAAGGCGACCCCAAGACUGCAUUCCAGCACGAGUACAUCUCGUAAAGGGAUGGCACAAGAAGCAUAUGGUGGUUACCACAAGGCAGAGGUGGGGGCAUUCACGUUGUCUGUGGCGCGAUGCGAAGAGCUAAAGUUCAUGAGACAUUGCAGCAAGUUGACGUACAACGACUACAGUGACGUCGCACGUAGAACAGAUGCGUGGAAUCCGAUUGACAGCGAUGAAGAGACUGAGACCUUGGACCUUGAAAUCGACCUACGAGUUAAGCGUUUUCGAGAUGGUGCACAUGGUCGUGAGGGAGUGCAAAAUGUUCCGGACGGCAGCGUGCAAAACGAGAACCCUGAAGGAGGUGUGCAGCAAUCCGGACCACUGAGCACUUAUGUGGUUGACACGCAGGACAGGGCAAGUUCCGCUGGUGAAUUCCCAAGGGAUUCACCGACACCCGUUCAAGCCGUAAUUAACACCUUGCUUCACGACAAUCGUUACGGGUAUCAAGGAGAGAAGAGGUCCAUCGGCCGAAUGUCUGGAGGGAUGAGGAUGAACGACGUGCAGGAAGACGCCGACGAGGAUGACUCGGUUGUUCCAGGUGUCUUCCCAAAGUUGACGCCCGGUGAUGAUAUUCCAGAAAGCUUCAUGCAGGGCUCCACCUCGCCUUAUGCAUUUCAUGACGUGGGCGAAGAGACGUCGUCAGAGAAGUGGGGGCAUCACAUAUUGUGGCACCCAGAUGUGUUCGAACCGUGCAUUGACGAGGGGAAGUGGGCAAUGGCACUGCAUCUGAGGGAUGGCUGGAAAGUCAAACCCAGGAUGGCAGAAGAUUCAUGGUUGAAAACCACAAACGGUGAAAUCCUAUUAYGCRUUACGAAGGAAAAYCAUGGUGCCGAUGAAGYCCUUAUAUGCGCGAAGGCCCAAUCGUUGUUCGAGUCUCUAUGCUCCAACAAUCGCUUGGAGUACAAGCAUCAGUUUUACGACUUUCCAUCAAGCCGGUCGUAUAACAAAAUCGAUUGGAAAAUCGUACAGCCUCCCACAUGUCACAUGCUCGAUAACAUUCCUGUUGGAUGUUCGCAGUUUGCGGCAAUGUCGCAAACUAACUUUGUAGUGAGUGCAGAUGAAGCGCUGAAUCAAACGCGUGUCGCAGCAAACGACACGGAGAAGGGAAACACCCUUCUUCAAGGAGAUGGAAAGCGGACGACUACGGGGGUUAAGGGAGCUCCGGCGUCUCAGGCGGUCGAACAAAAAUCAAACGUUGCAUCAUACGGGCCUCCGCUUGUCACACAGUUGGGAAACGAAGGGGCAUCGCAAAUGGAGAGUCUCACUCCUUCAGUGGAGGAUGUGGUUGCGAAGGUGAUGCAACCAGGUGUGUGUACAGAAUUUGCAGCCGAGGCGAAAGAAAAAUCAGACGAGAUGAUGAAACUAUUGAAUGAUGUGGAGAGGGAAGAGAAGAAUAAAGUCGAAAGGUCCAACACAUCGGCCAAUGUGAUUAAUUGCGUUUCCGAGAGCGAGGAAGGGCAAGUUGCACAUGCAGAGGGGGAUGCUGGCGGUGAAGAUGUCGGGGAAGAUAACAAGGAGCAAAACGAAGGGGACGAAGGAGAGAGACUAGUAAAACGUUCGAUAAGAGAAAAGGCAAAAACACAAAGGAUGAAUAUUUAGAGACAUGAACAGGGUUGUGUGUGUGUGUGUGUGUGUGUGUGUGUGUGUGUGUGUGUGUGUGUGUAUAUGUGUGUGUGUGUGUGUGAGUGGGGGUGUGUGUAUAUAUGUAUGCAAGUGAAGUGGAGUGUCUAUGUGUAUAUGUGUGUAGAUAGAGUGACUACGUGUCAUUGAUAUGAACAAUAUGAAUGACAUAAAAUAUUACGCAAAGUUUUGAGAGGAUUGAGGAAUAAAAUGUUAAUCGUGAU